AUGCUGGGCUACUGUCUUUUUGACAGCGUCCUGGGCAUGACCACGAAGAUCCUAGUGAUUGCGGACACUUUCUGGAAGGCCAGUUACUAUACAUUCUGGGCCAUCGGCGUUGUCACGGUGAUGAGUGCUGCAGUGGGCUCUGAAGAUGACAACGACUGGGUGAAGAAGUUCUGGAGUUUGAAGGCACCUGUGAACGUCAAGAGUUGGCAGGCCACAGGAUUCAUCCUUAAGCCUUUGGGUCUUUACGUCUUGGGCACCUUCCUCUUUGUCACUCAGAUUGUGCUGAAGGAAGGGAUCAAGAGUGGUAGUGAGUGGCUGGAGCUCAGUGCUACGGACAAGCAGUCAAAGAAAUGCUUUUUCACUGAACAGAUAGAUUGGCAAACAGCUGAGAACCAUCCCAGCUUGUACCAGAACGAUAGCAACUUCACCAGUGACUUCCGGAUUCACCGAAGCGGAUUCACCAGGAUCCAGUAUUCCAAGGAGGACUACACGCAUAGCGAGUCCUUGACCAUGAGGACCCUUCUGCAUGCCCUCUGGGAUCUCUGGCGGAAGUACAUUCGUUUGACCCCACCCUCGAAAUGCCACGGCAGCGAUGCCAUUCGUCACUGGCCAGCCUUCAAUGUGCCGGAGCAGGACUUUUCCCUGACAGACGUGGAUUUGGAGAAACCGGCCUAUGCCAACUUCACUUUUGCUCCAGCAUACAUUGGUGGUGAAGGGUCCUUAUGGAAUCGUAGCUACUACUUCUCGGAACGUGUUCGAACUGCGUGCCACUACGAAUGUGCGGAGUGGGCCGAGGAAACGGCCGUGACCAAAUUGUUACAACUCUCUAUGGUGGUCGGUGGAGGGAUGGCCAUUGUGGCGGUCUCCGACAUCAUAGGAAAUAAACUCAUCGAUCGAGAUACGAACGUCGAAGAGCUGGCCAAGGUCAUUCCAGGUGACGUCCGGAUCUCUCUGAGUGCCCUGAGAUGCGGCUCCCUCUGGCCCUGGCUACGCCCUGCGGACGCGAAGCAACGAGUCUACUUCGCCGGCUGUUGGUGGGCUCUCAGUCUACUUCUUCUGAAGGUCAUGGCGGCCACAGCCGUCAUGCGCUUCUUUUACCGCCCGCUGGUGGUGAAGUAUUCCGAGUCGCUGGCCGACCGGGGUUUGGUGCGCUGCAUCUUCUAUGUGGGUCUCUUCAACACCUUCCUGCGCUCAAUGUUUUGUCACCUGAGCCUUGAAAAAUACCUGGUUCAUUCGUUAAUAAUCGUUAAUAGAUGUUAA